ACCCCCGGUGCUAGUUCAGCAGCACAUCCGGGUCAAAGUAGGUUUUUUCCAUGUUUUCUGACAGUUGUGCUCAGCGGAGCUAGCUAGCUGUACUAAAACACUUUUUGUUCCCGAAUUCACUAAUACAAUGUCCCGAGGAUCGAGUGCGGGAUUUGACCGACACAUCACCAUCUUCUCUCCCGAGGGCAGACUCUACCAAGUCGAAUAUGCCUUUAAGGCUAUCAACCAGGGUGGCCUCACCUCAGUAGCAGUGCGAGGAAAAGACUGUGCAGUAGUCGUCACACAGAAAAAAGUGCCUGACAAACUACUGGACUCCGCUACAGUCACCCAUUUAUUCAGGAUAACAGAAAACAUUGGCUGCGUCAUGUCCGGGAUGACAGCUGACAGUAGGUCCCAAGUGCAGAGGGCACGCUACGAGGCAGCUAACUGGCAGUACAAGUACGGCUACGAGAUCCCCGUGGACAUGCUCUGCAAGAGGAUUGCGGACAUUUCUCAGGUUUACACGCAGAAUGCAGAGAUGAGGCCACUGGGCUGCUGCAUGAUUGUCAUUGGAAUAGAUGAGGAGUUUGGACCUCAAGUGUACAAGUGUGACCCUGCUGGCUACUACUGUGGCUUCAAGGCCACAGCUGCUGGGGUCAAGCAGACAGAGGCAACCAGCUUCCUGGAGAAGAAGGUGAAGAAGAAGCUGGACUGGACCUUUGAACAAACUGUGGAGACAGCAAUAACCUGCCUGUCCACUGUGCUGUCCAUUGACUUCAAGCCCUCAGAGCUAGAGAUUGGGGUUGUUACAACAGAGAACCCCAAGUUCAGGAUUCUCACUGAGUCAGAAAUCGAUGGUCAUCUUGUGUCACUAGCAGAAAGGGACUGAGUUGCAUCGGCCUGUGGGGGAGCAUGGAGAGCUGCUUUGUUCUUGAGAAUGCAGACCAAAAGCAAAGCCUUUGCUGUAUAUUUACCCUGUUCCAUUAAAGGUAAUGUUUUGGAGAAAAAACAUUUUCCUGAACUGCUUAUUUUGGGGGAUCCCCAGUACAUAUGAAGCCACUUUCUUUGGAUAGUCACCCAUAUUCCUGAAAAUGUUCAGCAUAUCUAGGCCGGAAAGGAU